AACCCCUGUCUCCAAGAGAUUUCAGAACACUUUAAACAAUCUGGCUAGUCCUGCAGGGAUGAAGAUGUUAACUCAGCCCGGCCCCCUGAACUGGGAGACCACGUGAUAAUCUGAGGGGCGGGGCAGAGGGACACAGAAUAACCUUUUAAGGCAGAAAGGGGAGGUCCCUGCUAAAGGCACACCCUGGCCGGAAGUUGUCAGCCUUCCUAAGGGGAAGGAUCAACACUUCCUGCACAGGUGGGGAGUAACGGUCUGGUCACUAUAGUCCUUGCUCAGGUGAUUUUCCUCCUCUUCUGGAGCCACCAUGGCACUGGAGACCGUUCCCAAAGAUUUGCGACAUCUGCGAGCUUGUCUUCUCUGUUCCUUGGUUAAGACAAUAGACCAGUUUGAGUAUGACGGCUGUGAUAAUUGCGAUUCAUACCUACAGAUGAAAGGGAACCGAGAGAUGGUGUAUGACUGCACAAGUUCUUCUUUUGACGGGAUCAUUGCAAUGAUGAGCCCGGAGGAUAGCUGGGUCUCUAAAUGGCAGCGAGUCAGUACCUUCAAGCCUGGAGUUUAUGCAGUGUCUGUCACUGGCCGCCUGCCUCAAGGAAUCGUGCGGGAGCUGAAGAGCCGAGGUGUGGUUUACAAAUCUAGAGACACUGCGGUAAAGACCUAGGGAGCCACGGAGGGCUCCAACCCACUCUGCUCUCAACCCUUACCACUACAGAGAUUUUGCUGGACAACAAAGUACUAUUUUUUCCCUGCCCUUUCUUCAUCCGCCAGUCUUAGAGGAUUGUCAGGAGCAGAAAUGAAUGUGGGAAAAUUGAUUCUGGGCUGUUGAAAAAGGGUUGGAUAUAAAGGGUUAUGGAGAUGUUGAGAGAGUACUCUGCUUUCAUAAGUGCUAGGCUAUUAGAUAGUGAAUGGGUCAUAUGAUAAUAAAUGUAAACUCUUGCACUUUCCUUCCCCAAAGAGAAAUAAAAACAAAAUGAUGAGUGUUUUCCUUGA